UUUUUUUUUUAUCUUUUCUUUCUCCCCACUCUCUAUAUCAUGGCUAGUUCAGCAGCUAGUGCAGCAGUACAAAAAGGUGCUUUUCGUAAAUUUAUUGAUUCCCCAGCAGGUCCUAAAACCAUUCACUUUUGGGCUCCUGCUAUGAAAUGGGCUUUGGUUAUUGCAGGUAUUGGUGAUAUGCAACGUCCUGCUGACAAGUUGAGUUUGACUCAAAAUAUGUCUUUGAUGUUGACCGGUGCUAUUUGGUCUCGUUAUUCGAUGGUCAUUAUUCCCAAAAACUAUUCUUUAUUCACUGUGAACCUUUUUGUCUUUGCUACAGGUGCUACUCAAGUGGCUCGUAUCUUCAAAUACCGUCAAUCUGAUGAAUACAAGGCACAACAAGCAUUAGAACAUAAGAAAUAGUUUUCCCGAGUUUUACCGCUCUUGUUUUUUUU